AAAGAAUAUUGCCAACUGGUGAGCAGAACAACUUUUAAAGUGGAUAUGCCUGAAGAAAAACACAAUUGACUGAGUCUGCCAUCUCCAGAGACGUGAAUCUUUCACAAAGAGCUUCACUCCUCUGUCGAUGUGAUUAGUCCCACAGCGAGACUGCGAGAGGCCUGAGGCGGAGCCGGCAGCUCAAGGAGGUUUUGGUGCUUGUAGAAACAUGGACGGAAAUAUCUCCUCAUUCAACUCAACCUCUAUCCCCACUCAGCUCCCUCUCAACACCACAGCUUCCAUCAACACUACAGUGAAACCGUUCAGUGUGUUUGACGGGUGUGACCAUCAGGUCGAGGCCAUUCUCUUUGACUUGAUUCUGCAGUGCGUCAACGUAUUCUUGGGAAUCCCUGCCAACUUGCUUGUCAUUGCAAUUCUCAUCCACAACCGCAAAGAACCCUCCACUUCAGACAUAUUCCUGGGCUGCUUGGCGUUCAUGGAUAUCUACUUUGGUACCAUGACCCCCAUCAGCUUCCUUAACCUUUAUGUCUGGCAAAGCAAAAGUGUGUGGUCUUCCAUUAAGUUCUCCUAUGGCGUGAAAGAUACCAGCGGCCCAUUGUUUCUCUCCUGCAUCUGCCUGGAUCGCUUUGUGGCUGUGCUCUUUCCCAUUGCAUUCGGGCAGCUCAAACACUACAAGUACAGGGUAAGCCUCACUGUCCUGGUGUUCUGCCUCACCUUUGCCUACUCAGCAGCCAAGACGGUGGGAGGCCUCCCAAACUUUGAGAAGGUGUUCACUGGUGAGGUUCUGGCCACAUUUACUUGGAUGGUUUUGUGUAAUUUAAGCAUCAUGUGGGCCCUGAAGAAGUCUCGUGGUGCAGGGAAAGAUGAGAUGCAUCCCAUGAAGAAGAGAGCCUUCAAGAUGGUGCUGUCCAUCCUUUGCAUCAUCAUUUUCAACUACCUGCCGCCAGUCGCGCUGUUCCCGUUUGAAGACCACUAUGCCCCUGAUGUGUUCCGCUGCUACGUGCAGCCAGUGGGUUUCGCCUUCUUAAACAUUAGCAGCACCAUCCAGCCCCUUGUCUAUUUGUCUCGUCUGGAGAAGGUGCCUUUCCUCCCAGAUGCCUGCAUUAAGAAGUUUUCUAUUUGUCACAGUGGAGAGAACAAAAAAACUCCACAUCCGCAAAACCCUUAGACACUUAGAACAUUGUGUACAUAUGGAACUUCAUGAAAGCUGAGUCUAAUAUAUCUCUAAAGAAGAAAGUAGAAAGUUAAUAUAAUUCAUAACUGUUUUUGUGACUGAUAUUGUUUCUCUUUAAGUUUAUUAUUUUUCAAAAUAUGUGUUUUAGUUGAAUUCUUUUUGCGUAAAGGAAUGAAGCUCAAAAAAUACUUAAUUUAUUUGAGAUGCAUCGGUAAUGAGUCCAUAGAUGGAAUAUUUUUUACAUUUUAAUUUCAUUUUUUGAUAAUUUGAUCAUGUUCUGCAGGACUAAUUUGUACAAACAGCAUGAAAUGCACAUUAUGCAGUCACUUUCAUCAACUGAGUCCAACUAUUUGUUUGAGUUUGGCGCCAUCAUGUGUACAAAAUACAUCAAUAAAAUAUUUUGCUUCCAGUA